AGACCGGCGAAUAGGUAGUUUAAAUUUUAUUGCCUAUUCUUCAAUUAUUCGAGAGACGUGUUCUGAUAAGGAGAGAUUGAACUUGAAUCUGAGCGAAAUUCUGCAACUAUGCAAAGACCAAAAAUAAGUUGGAUGUUUUGGCGUCAAAGACGCUUUGUGGUCGCAAUAAUGCUAUUUUUGGGAUUUUUUAACGUCUAUUCGCUACGAGUUAAUUUGUCCAUAGCUAUUGUCCCCAUGUUAGAGCAAAGUUCAAUGAAUUGGGAUUCCGUUAAUCAAGGUUUAGCGUUGAGUAGUUUCUUCUAUGGAUACAUUUGCACUCAAUUUGUCGGAGGAGUUCUCGCUAAUAAAGUUGGAGGAAGAUUGCUCUUUGGCAUCGGAAUUCUUUGCACUUCAGUCCUCACAUUGCUGUCGGAACUGGCAAUCAACACGAGUCUCGGUUGUUUUAUGACCCUUCGAGCACUUGAGGGCAUCUGUGAAGGCGUCACCUAUCCCAGUCUUCACGCUAUUUGGUCAAAAUGGGCUCCAACGUACGAAAGAUCGCAACUUAAUAGCUUCGCCUUUUCCGGAAGUUAUGUCGGAACAGUUGUCAUGAUGCCACUGCUUGGAUGGAUUGCUCAUGCCUAUGGUUGGGCCCCAAUUUUUUACGUAACUGGCGUCAUGGGCUUCGUUUGGGCGAUUUUUUGGUUUUUACUGGUAGCAGAAUCACCUCAAACGGAUCGUUUUAUAUCAGAAGAGGAACGAAAAUACAUCGUGGAAAGCUUGGGAGGCGAUCAACAGUCAUCAGAAACGAAGGAACCAAUACCAUGGCGAGCAAUUUUCACAUCGAAACCAGUUUAUGCGAUUGUAGCUGCGAAUUUUUCGGAAAAUUGGGGAUUUUAUACGCUUUUGACGCAACUUCCAAUGUUCCUGAAGGACACUACAAACCUAAAUCUCGAAACGAACGGAUUUAUUUCGGGUCUCCCGUACUUGGUGAUGGCUUUGAUGCUCAUUCCCAGUGGAUUUCUCGCGGAUUUUUGUCAAGUCAAGCAAUAUUUGACCACAACUCAAGUGCGGCGUUACUUCAAUUGUGGCGGAUUUAUCUCGCAAACCAUUUUUAUGCUACUUGCUGCGUAUUUGGCACAUCCAGUGUACAGCAUUUUAUCACUUGUAGUGGCUGUGGGACUCGGAGCUUUUAGUAUUAGUGGAUUUGCAGUGAAUCAUUUGGACAUUGCGCCACAAUUUUCAUCGAUUUUAAUGGGAAUAUCGAAUACGGCGGGAACUGUCCCGGGAAUUUUAUCGCCAAUUAUUACGGGAUACAUCGUUAAAAAUCGCAGUCAAGAGGAGUGGAAUUAUGUAUUCAUCAUCGCAGCAUCAAUUUAUAUGAUUGGAUGUGUGAUUUAUUGGUUCCUGGCUUCUGGAGAACUUCAGGCGUGGGCUAAAAAACAGGACAAAAAUGUUGAAAUUGACUUGAAUUCCAAUAAAAAUUAAAAAUA